AUGACUAAAGUUGCUAUUAUUGUCUACACAUUAUAUGGCCACACUGCCAAGUUGGCUGAGGCUGAAAAGAAAGGUGUCGAAGCCGCUGGCGGACAAGCUGAUAUCUUUCAAGUUCCAGAGACCUUAACUCCAGAAGUUGUCAAGGCAUUAGGAGGUGCUCCAAAGCCAGAAUAUCCACUUGCCACCAGAGAAACUCUUACUGAAUACGAUGCCUUCCUUUUCGGUAUUCCAACAAGAUUCGGUAAUUUCCCUGCUCAAUGGAAGGCCUUCUGGGACAGAACCGGUGGUCUAUGGGCUAAAGGUUCUUUACAUGGUAAAGUUGCUGGUUGUUUUGUCUCUACGGGUACCGGUGGUGGUAAUGAAGCUACUAUCAUGAAUGCUCUUUCCACAUUGGCCCACCACGGUAUCGUAUACGUCCCAUUAGGUUACAAGAACUGUUUCCCGGAAUUGACCAAUUUACAAGAAGUUCAUGGCGGUUCUCCAUGGGGCGCAGGUACCAUUGCCGGUGCUGAUGGUUCUAGAAACCCAAGUGAAUUGGAGUUAAAGGUUCAUGAAAUCCAAGGUAAGACCUUCUAUGAAACUGCUUUGAAAUUCUGA